AUGGGAAAGAAGAAGAAGAAGGAUAAGGAAGUGAUAUUCUGCUUCUACUGCGACCGCACGUUCAACGACGAGAGCACGCUGGUGCAGCACCAGAAGGCGAAACAUUACAAAUGCCCGGACUGCCACCGGAAGCUCAACACAUCGCGGGGGCUGUCGGUGCACGCCUACCAGGUCCACAAGCUCACCAUCAACGCGGUGCCUGGCGCCAAGCCAGGGCGGGAAAGCAUGGACCGGGAAAUCUUCGGCAUGAAUGGCGUGCCAGACGGCGCCGAGCCCGGCAAGCCCUUCGGCGAAAACGAUGGUGAGGAGCCGGAGAGCAAGAAGCCCCGCACCGACGAGCCCCCAGCCGCGGGCCUCGGCGCCGUCGCCGCGGCCCCGGCGGCCCCCAUGGCGGGCGCCUACGGCGCGGCGGCGGCGCCGCCGCCCAUGGGCUACGGCGCGCCCCCGGGCAUGAGGCCGCCGGGGAUGCCGCCCAUGGGCAUGGGGAUGGGCAUGCCCCCGCAGGGGAUGCCGCGGCCGCCGUACCCGGGGAUGCCCGGGGCGCCGCCGUCGCCGUACCCAGGGUACGGCCCGCCGCGGCCGUACGGCAUGCCCCCCUAUGGGGGCCCGCCGCCGCCGCCCCUGAUGGGUGGCAUGCCGCCCCGAGGCGGCCCCGGCGGCCCCCUGUUCCCUAUCGGCGGCCCCCACGGCGCGCCGCCGGGACCCGGCGCGCCGCUCUUCCCCAUCGCGGGCGCGCAGCCGCCGCCGCCGGCGGGCGCGCCCGGCGGCGCGGCCAACGGCGCAGCAUCCGCAGGCGCCAGCGCCCAGCAGCCCUCCGCAGGCGCCAGCGCCCAGCAGCCCUCCGCCUCGGCGCCGCCCCAGCAGCAGCAGCAGCAGCAGCAGCAGCAGCAGCAGCAGCAGCAGCAGCAGCAGCACUACCAGCAGCAGCAGCAGGCCUCGGCGCCGCCGGGGCCCCCGGCGCCCGCACCCCUGCCGACGGCUGCGGGCGUGCCGCUGCCCGCGCGCGGCCUAGCGCCGUCUCCGCAGCUCGGACUGCGGCCACCGGGGCCGCCGGCGCCGAUUGGGGCCCCGCCGGUCAUGCUGCGGCCGCCGGGGCCGCCGCCUGUUGCGGGCGGGUCCCUGCCGACGGGCGGGCAGCUGCACCUGCCGCAGGCAGCUCCCGGACCCCCCAGGUAG